AUGUUAAGUUCGAUCAUCAACACCUUUUCAAACCCAACCGAACCAACCCACUGUACCCAACCAUCCUACAAGACGUUCCUAUACACCCUCCCCAUCUUUAUCCAAUGUUCACUCCUACACCCAUCCUUUUCAAACUCAUUGGUUCUUUCUAACUUACGAGUUUUAUUAACUCCUUUAAAUGUGAUCCUUUCAUUAAGUUUAUCAAUUGAUUUUUGUUUUAAACCGUUGGAGUUUACGGGGUUGGGUAACUUUGUGUUGGGGAUCUUGUCGGUUUAUUUGGUUUGUAAGUCUUUGGAGUGGGGACUUUUGGGUGGGUUUUGGACGGGGAUGUAUUGGGAACGGGUGGAGAUGGAUGGGCGUGGGUUGGGUGGUUCUGAGAAAUCUGUUGAAAAUAAGGAUCAGGAAAAGGAAAAGGAUCAGGUUAAGGAUAAGGAUAAGGAGGUAAUGAAGAAUUUGGAGGUUGCGAAUGGGAAUGCUAGUUGGUCAGAAAUCUUUGGUUGGACUGUUAUGCAAUCUUUUUCAAUUCGAGGUUUACAAUAUGGAUGGGGACCUAAAAAGAAACUAGAAGCACCUAAAUUUAAAGAAAUCUUAAUCCGAACAAUUUUAUUAAACUCACUACAAGUGAUCGUCUUAGGCUUCCUAAUCAUCUCCAAAAACUCAAAAAAGACUAUCAAUUUAUUUAAUUUGAUUGGGUUUCCAGUUAAUUGGUUCACAAAUGGAAUAUCAGAAUUGGUUUAUACGUUUUGUUUUGGAACUUGGUUUGCUACUUCAUUAGAUGUAGCUUGGUCAAUGUUCACAUUACUUUGUUUAUCAAUACACCAACUCCAUUCAACGGGUCUGUUCUGUACGCCUUUGUUUGGUAGACCAUUAGAAUCAGAUUCAUUGGAAAUCUUUUGGGGUAAAGCUUGGCAUCAGUUACUUAGAAGACCUGCAUUGGUUUGUGCUGGGAUUCCGGCUAGUCAACUUGUCAGAAAGAUCGGGUUUGGGAAACAGGUUCAGAGGAUCGUCGGGUUGUUUGCUUCGUUCUUUUUGGUAGGCGUUUUACAUGAGUUUGCUAUUCAUUCGGUUGCUAGACCACCGCAUCCAUCAUCCCACAUCUACACCCAAGAAUUCCCCUCAUCUCUAAUCUAUUUCUUACUCCAACCAAUCGGCAUCAUCAUGGAAAGAUAUGUGAUCCCAUGGAUUCCAAAGUUUUUAGGAGGAGGUAAACUUUGGGUCUUGAUGUUUUCUUUAAUUACUGCAACACCUUAUAGAAGACAGUAUGUGGAUCGGUUUAGAUUGAUCGAUAAGGUUUAUGCUCAUCCAGAUCAGUGGAAUUUUUGGUCGUUUGUCAUGCCUGGGGGGAUGAUGAAUCUUUUGGAAACUUAUAGGUAUUUGUUUGUGAGAAAUUCGGAUUAUUUUUGA